AUGAAUAUGACGGCGUUAUUAAAUGAACCAAAUGUUCAUGAAAGAAGAUCCAAGACAUUUUCAGAUUUAAAGAAAAAUUCAAAGGAUAAAGAUAUUUCAAAUGUAAAAUUUUAUUCUUUUAUCCCUUUUAAAGAUAAUAUUAAUAUUAAUAAUAAUAAUAAUAAGAUGAUUUCAAAUAUAAAUUCAAAAGAAUCUCUGGAUAUUACUUUUACUUCAAAGAAAAAAAAUUAUGAAAAUCAUUUUAAUAGUAUAGAUAAAACUAAUUCGAAUUUAAUUUCAAUGAAAGAACAUGACAAUGAAAAGGAAAAUUUUAAUGAUUUUAAAAAAACAAUUAUUGAAAAUGCUAAAACUUUAGAUACAAUCGAUGAAUCAUCAGAUGAUAAAAUAAGUGUAUUAAUGGAUUCAUGUAGAACUAUUGAUUUAACUAAAGAUGAAGCUGAUACAAUAAUGUUAAAUCUUGUACUUAAUAAUGAAAAUACAUUAUAUAAAAAAAAGAAUAAACUUCAAAAUAAUAAUAACGAUGAUGUUGAUGAUUUAAUUACAAUUGGUGACAAGUCAGUUACAACUGGGAAUAAAAUAUUUCCAUUCAAUUCAACUUUACAAAAAUAUUGGUUUACAAUAUUUGUUAAAACAGGGUUUAUAUUAGACAAAAUGGAAUUAAUUAUUUAUGAAAACUUUUGGUUUACAUUAUUAUAUUUAAAUUUUUGGUUUCCAAAAUUUACUGGAUUCUUAAGGUAUGUUUAUAGUCUUUUUUUUUUCAAAACACACACACAUUUUAGUUUAUCCUUUUCUCUUACUAACUUAUUGAAUUUUUAA